AUGUUCGUUUACAAGAGAGACGGUCGUAAGGAGCGCGUGCAGUUCGACAAGAUAACUGCCCGCGUCUCGAGAUUAUGCUAUGGCCUCGACCCUGAGCAUGUCGACGCUGCUGCCAUUACACAGAGAGUUAUCUCCGGUGUUUACCAGGGAGUGACUACAGUCGAGCUCGAUAACUUGGCUGCCGAAACUGCUGCAUACAUGACAGUGACCCAUCCAGACUAUGCCAUUCUCGCUGCAAGAAUAGCAGUAUCAAACCUUCACAAACAAACCAAGAAGCAGUUUUCCUCCGUCAUAGAUGAUCUAUACCACUAUGUCAACCCCAAGAAUGGCCGCCCAGCCCCCAUGAUAUCCGAGAAGACUCGCGAGAUUGUCAUGAAACACGCUGAAGAGCUCAACUCAGCUAUUGUCUACGACCGUGACUUCAACUACCAGUAUUUCGGCUUCAAGACACUUGAAAGAUCGUACUUGUUGAGGACCAACGGCAAAGUUGCUGAACGACCACAGCACAUGAUAAUGCGAGUUGCUGUUGGUAUCCACGGUGAGGAUGUUGAAAAAGUAAUUGAAUCAUAUAACCUCAUGUCCCAGAAGUACUUUACCCAUGCUUCUCCCACUCUUUUCAAUGCCGGAACCCCACAGCCACAAAUGGCUUCUUGCUUCCUCAUUGAUAUGAAGGAGGACAGUAUCGAAGGUAUCUACGAUACACUCAAGACUUGUGCUUUAAUCUCAAAGACUGCCGGAGGAAUCGGGCUUAAUGUUCAUCGUAUCCGCGCCACAGGGUCCUACAUUGCAGGGACUAACGGCUCCUCUAACGGUAUCGUGCCAAUGCUUCGUGUCUUUAACAAUACCGCAAGAUAUGUAGACCAAGGUGGCAACAAGCGUCCAGGCGCUUUUGCAAUCUACUUGGAGCCAUGGCAUGCGGAUAUCUUUGAGUUCCUUGACCUUCGCAAAAAUCAUGGAAAGGAAGAAGUCCGCGCUCGUGAUCUCUUCUUAGCCUUGUGGACUCCUGAUUUGUUCAUGAAGCGAGUUGAAAAGAACGGCGAAUGGACUCUCUUCUGCCCCAACGAGGCACCUGGCUUGGCUGAUGUCUACGGAGAAGAGUUCGAGGCUUUAUAUGAAAAAUACGAAAAGGAGGGACGUGGCCGAACCACAAUUAAAGCCCAGAAGUUGUGGUAUGCCAUCCUUGAAGCUCAGACGGAAACCGGAAACCCGUUCAUGCUUUACAAGGAUUCCUGCAACCGAAAGAGCAACCAGAAGAACCUGGGUACUAUCCGAAGCUCCAACCUUUGCACUGAAAUCGUUGAAUACACCGCUCCAGACGAGGUAGCAGUUUGCAACUUGGCAUCCAUCGCCCUUCCUACAUUUGUGGAUGCUGUCCGUGGUGAAUAUGAUUUCGGUAAACUCCAUGAAGUUACCCAGGUUGUUGUCAAGAACUUGAAUCGAAUCAUUGAUGGGAACCACUAUCCCGUUGAGGAGGCCAGACGAAGUAAUUUCCGUCAUCGUCCAAUAGCUGUUGGCGUUCAAGGUCUUGCCGAUGCUUUCCUCGCACUCCGGCUGCCCUUCGACUCACCCGAAGCCAAAUUGCUGAACAUUCAAAUCUUUGAAACCCUUUAUCACGCUGCGUUGACUGCGUCGUGUGAGCUGGCUAAGGCCGAUGGGCCUUACUCUUCUUAUGAAGGCUCCCCGGUUUCUCAGGGAAUUCUUCAGUAUGACAUGUGGAAUGUAACACCAACCGAUCUGUGGGAUUGGGACGCUCUCAAAACCGAGAUCUCUAAGCACGGUGUCCGUAACAGCUUGCUCCUCGCACCCAUGCCGACUGCCAGUACUAGUCAAAUUCUGGGAUUCAACGAGUGCUUCGAACCUUAUACCUCUAACAUUUACUCCCGCCGUGUUCUUGCUGGCGAGUUCCAAGUUGUCAACCCAUGGCUUCUUAAGGACCUAGUUGACCUUGGCUUAUGGUCAGACAACAUGAAGAACCGCAUCAUUGCUGAUGGCGGUUCCAUUCAAAACAUCCCUAAUAUCCCAGCGGAUAUCAAGGCUCUGUAUAAGACUGUUUGGGAGAUCUCCCAGCGCACCAUUGUUCAAAUGGCGGCCGAUCGAGGCGCCUUUAUUGAUCAAUCUCAAUCCCUCAACAUCCAUUUGAAGGAGCCCACCAUGGGAAAGAUUACCAGCAUGCACUUCGCUGGCUGGAAACUCGGCCUCAAGACUGGAAUGUACUAUCUCCGCACAAUGGCUGCAUCUGCUCCAAUUCAGUUCACUGUGGACCAAGAACAGCUCAAGGUUGUCGACACUAAUGUUGCACGCGCUAAUGGAGCGAUGAGGAAACGUGUUGCUGCCGCGGGAUCCACAGGGUCUUAUUCUGCUGUUCCACGCCCAAUGUACGAUGGUACUCAGCAGGCAGUUGCACAGCCCGUUUCUAAGAAAACUACUCCAGAUGAAGAAUCAAAGAUUCCUGCGUCAUCAAGCUCGAAAAUUACCUCCGAAGACAAAUCGCUGGAGACGUCGGGUGAAUCGGCUGAACCAAAAGAAGAAAAGGACGAUGCUCAGACAGAAGCAGACAUUUACUCAGAAAAAGUCCUAGCCUGUAGCAUUGAGAACAAAGAGGAAUGUGUGAUGUGCAGUGGUUAG